GCGCCGCUUCCCGGUGGGAGGGAGUGGGGGGCCCCGCUCGUCCCCCGCAGUCACCCCGGCGGGGCCGCCCCGCACCCGCAGCCCCGCACCGCGCCCGCACCUGAUGCCCUUGGAGCUUUGCUGAGUCAGACGGGGUGGGAGCGCGGCGUCCCCCCGACCUUCCCGGGCAUUGGCUCGGGAGCGGGCGGGCAGCGCUGGGGCGGGCCGGGCACCGGGAUAAACCCCCCGAGCACAGCCCCGGCCCGGCUGUCGCGGGCCCGGUGGCAGGAGGAUGCUCCUCGGGGCACGGAUCCUCUGCUGCCUGCUCCUUGCCCUGCUCCAGCGUGGGUUUGGGGACACAGAGUAUGGGGACCUCGAGGACGAAGGUUACUACGUGUACCUGGAUGAGGAUGAACUGCCGGAGGUGCUGGGGGGGGCAGCCCGCUGCCAGGACACCUACCAGGACUGGAUCUCCCUCUACUGCUGGACUCCCUUCCACGCCACCCUCAUGACCACCCCUGAGGGCAGCCGCUGCCACUGGGACCAGAUCAGCAGCGCCUACAGCGAGCUCUCCGGCUGCACCCAGCUGCUGGCCCAGCUCCUCUCCUGCCCCUGGCCCAGCUCCGUCCUUGACGCCUUCUUCCUGCAGAGGCUCCCGCCGCCCGGCCAGAGGCUUCACUGGCUCCAACCAAGAGCGGGACCAGGGGGCUUCAACCCUGUGGCCCCCGGAGUGCCAGGGCCUGAUGGCUUCCAGAUGCAGCCGCUCGCUCAUGAAAGGUCCCGCACUGCUCCGGGGCGGCGGUGGAGGGUCAGGCUGCUCUGCCGGGAUGUUUGCCGGGGAGCGCAAAGCCCGGCAAGAUCAUCUUUCUGCAGCAGGGAGGGUCCCUCCGAGUUGUACUUCAUCACGCUCUGAUUCCACUCUGUGCAUCCCAUGGGCGGGUUGUUAAAGGGGAAGCUUUGGAUUCACAUUCUGCCCUGGGCCGGAGGUGAAAUGAGCUCACUCGGCCUCAGCCUGGUCCUGGGGUGGGAAUGCCGCGGGGCAGCGCUGCUGCAGGGGGAUGCGGGCCCCAUGGGCAGGAGCAGCGCCAGGAGCGAGGGGUGCGGGCUGGGCGGUGCGGGAGGAAGGCGGCGUGGCCGGGGACUGGCAACGUCGGCCAAGCCUCUGCCCUGUCCCCACCUCCCCGUCUGCAUCGGCCUCGCACCGCGGGCAGGUCAUGCCACCACCCGGCCCUCCUUGGCUGAGGCAGGGCCCGGGGCUGCCUCGGCGAUGCCCUGGGGCAGGUGCCCAGGGGAGGCAGGAGCCGCGGUGUCGGGGCUGCGGGUCCCCUGUGCCGGGGACAUUGUGCUUCCCCGUCCACUCCCCCCGCUGCCGGGCUGCCUGCCCUCCACGCAGGAGACGAGGGAUUUCACAACCCAGCCCAGACAGGAUUAAAGAGAAAUACACAAGUAAA